GGCGAGGCGCUGGCGGCGCUAGGGCCGCGCGGGGCAGGGCGGGCGGCGCUCAUGGCGCUGCGCAGGGCGCUGGGGGCGGCGGGGCGCAGGGGGGCGCAGCGCCUCUGCUCCGCAGCGGCGAGCGACACCAUCUUCGCCCUCUCCUCGGGCCAUGGGCGCUGCGGGGUGGCCGUCAUCCGCACCAGCGGGCCGGGCAGCCGCGGGGCCCUGCAGAGCCUCACCGGGCGCCCCGAGCCGCCCCCGCCCCGCGUCCUGGCCCUGCGGCGCAUCCGGGACCCCGACACCGCUGAGCCCCUGGACCGCGGCCUCGUCGUCUGGUUCCCAGCCCCCAGGGCUUGGAGCCACGCAUGCUGCCGUGGGAGGGGCAGGCAAAGAGAAGGGAUCCAUCGCGGGGCGAUGUCCCAUCCCGCAGGUCCCCAGAGCUUCACCGGCGAGGACUGCGCGGAGCUGCACGUGCACGGCGGGCCGGCGGUGCUGAGCGGGGUGCUGCGGGCGCUGGGGCUGCGUCCCGCCGAGCCCGGUGAGUUCACGCGCCGAGCCUUUCGCCGCGGGAAGCUGGACCUGACGGCGGCCGAGGGCUUGGGGGACCUGAUCCGCGCCGAGACCGAGGCGCAGCGGCGGCAGGCGCUCCGGCAGAUGGAGGGCGAGCUGGGGCGGCUCUACGAGCGCUGGAGCGAGACCCUCACCCAGGCUCUCGCCCACCUUGAAGCCUACAUCGACUUCAGUGAGGAUGACAACGUGGAGGAAGAGGUCUUGGCCCGAGUGGAUGCCACCGUGCGGGCGCUGGCGCAGCAGAUCGGGGCCCACCUGCGGGACGGGCGCCGCGGGGAGCUGCUCCGCGGGGGAGUCCACGCCGUCAUCGCCGGUCCCCCCAACGUGGGCAAGAGCAGCCUCCUCAACCUGCUGUGCCGGCGCCCGGCAGCCAUCGUGUCGCCGGUGGCGGGGACGACGCGGGACGUGGUGGAGGUGGCGCUGAAUGUCGGUGGUUACCCCUUGGUGCUGAGCGACACUGCCGGGCUCCGCGAGGCCACCGACCCCAUCGAGCAGGAGGGGGUCAGCCGUGCACGGGAACGGCUGAAGCAAGCAGACCUGGUUCUGGCUGUUCUGGACGCGGCGGCGGUGCCCACGGAGCCGUCGGGGUUGGGGGCUGCCCUGGGGUCCCUGCUGCCCCCCACCAGCCCCCCCUGCAUCCUGGUGCUCAACAAGGCUGACCUGCUGCGGGGGGACGGGGCCGCUCUGCGCGACGCCUGCGCCCGCGGGGACCCCCUGCCCCCCACCACCCUCCUGUCCUGCAAGACGGGCGAAGGGCUCGACCGGCUGCUGGAGCUGCUGGCGCGGCAGCUGGCGCGGCUGUGCGGGGACCCCCUGGCAGGCUCGCCCAGCCUGACCCAGAGCCGGCACAGCCUCCACCUGGGCGACUGCGCGGCGGCGUUGGCACGCUACGACCGGGAGCGCCGGCGGGACCUGGGGCUGGCGGCCGAGCGGCUGCGGUUGGCGCGGCGGCACCUGGGUCGCAUCACCGGCCACGUGGGCGCCGAGGAGGUCCUCGACAUCAUCUUCAGGGACUUCUGUGUUGGCAAGUGAGGGGCGCAACGAGGGGUCCCCCAGCAGCGAGGGUGCGGCAGGGGAGCUCUGGGCUCCGUGCUGGUAUUAAAAUGUGGUGCCUUUGGCGGCUCCGACAUCCUUCCCCCUCCCCGGUCCCUGUGCCGUGGGACUCUGCAUCCUCAUCCCGGGCUGUGGUGUUUUCCUGGAUGGUGGGAGCAUGUCCGGAGCCCCAAGCAUGGAAAAAACCACCAGGAGAGGCUCCGUUUCCUGGCCCGGAGGAUAGAGAAGGAGCUGGAGUGUCUGGGAGGGAAAAGCCACCCCGGGCGUCCCCCCUGGG